UUCAAGUGGAGUUCUAACGCGAAGGCGGCCAACCGCAUGCAGAUGAUAAAUAUCAUGAGCUUUUGGACGUCUGGUUGCGUUUGAGUUCCUGCAAGAGGGCGUGCUCCAGAUCCUCAGGACCAGACCAGACCGUCAACAUGCACCUUUCAGCCUCGCUCCUCGUCACCAGCCUGCUGGCCCUCACGGCCACUGCUGCCCCUUCCAAGAACAAGUUCGUCAGGGUCGAAGGGCAGAAGUUCAAGCUUCAGGGCAAAGAUUUCCACUUUGCGGGAAGCAACGCCUACUACUUCCCGUUCAAUGGGGACCAGGCGGACGUUGAAAAGGGGUUGACCGCGGCCAAGAAGGCAGGUCUCACGGUCUUCCGGACCUGGGGGUUCAACGACAAGAAUGCCACCUACAACCCCGACGGUCUGCCCAAGUACGGCGGCGAAGGUGCCGGCGCAACCGAGGUCGUCUUCCAGAGGUUCUACGACAAUGGCACCAUUGCCAUUGACGUCUCGGGCUUCGACAAGGUCGUCAAGGCUGCCGAGAAAGUUGGCAUCAAGCUCCUCGUUGCCUUGACAAACAACUGGGCCGACUACGGCGGCAUGGACGUCUACACGGUCAACCUCGGGGGCAAGUACCACGACGAUUUCUACACCCAGCCCAAGAUCAAGGACGCCUUCAAGCGCUAUGUCAAGGCCAUGGUUACCCGCUACAAGGACUCGCCGACCAUCUUCGCGUGGGAGCUCGCGAACGAGCCCCGCUGCGGCGCCGACGGCGUGCGCAACCUGCCCCGCAGCGACAAGUGCACGCCCGCGGUGCUCUCGGCCUGGGUGUCGGAGAUGAGCGCCUACAUCAAGAAGCUGGACUGCAACCACCUGGUGACCUGGGGCGGCGAGGGCGGCUUCAACCGCGAGUCGGACGACUGGGCCUAUAACGGCGCCGACGGGGGCGACUUUGACCACGAGCUGGCCAUCAAGACCAUCGACUUUGGUGUCUUCCACUCGUACCCGGAUUGGUGGACCAAGACGGUCGAGUGGACCAACCAGUGGAUCCGCGACCACGCCGCCGCCGGCCGCAAGAUCGGCAAGCCCGUCGUCCACGAGGAAUACGGCUGGCUGACGCCCGACAAGCGGCUCGAGUACACGGGCCGGGUCGACAACCGGACCCGCACCGAGGUCAUUGGCGGCUGGCAGAAGACCACGGUCGAGGAGAAGCUCGCCGGUAGCAUGUACUGGCAGUACGGCUACUGCGAGUACUCGUAUGGCUGCAACCACAACGACGGUUUCACCAUUUACCUGGCCGACGAGGAAGCCAAGCUGCUGGUCUACCAGCACGCCAAGGACAUGAACGCUCUGAACCGCCGUUAACAUGAGCGACUGAUUCAAGCGUGCACAGAGGGUGAACCUCAUCUCUCACUCAUCCUUUUACUUCUCUUGUGUUAUUAGCUUCGUUAGAGUCUUACCUAUGCAGCGAACUUCAAAAAGUGCCGCCCUGGGCUCAACAGCUCCUAUGUCACUGCCCAAAAUUCUGACAUUGUACUAAGAGUCGAACCGGCUGAUUUUGAUGUGUGACCUUGCCGAUCAUCUGGUCCGGCGAGUCAGUAUGCGAGAAAUAGAAAGCCAAGACAGCCCAAGCGGGGAUAAUUCACUCAUUCAGCCUUCAUGCGGUUCCCCAGUGCGAACAUAUGUAGGGAGGGCUGGGCGUCAUUGCUGCUGGCAGAUUGCUUUAAACCGGGCUAGC